AUGGACUCGAGUCCUUCUCCGUCGCCGUCGGCUGCACCCUCUGCGACACCUGGCCUGCCGCCUAUCAUUCCCAGCCCUGCUACACAGUCGGUGCUCUACGAUGGCGGUAUUGUGUCCGUGUUGGAGAUCAACCUGGUAGUGGGCCUGGUGGCCUUCCUGCUCCUCGCCUAUCUGCGAUGGCGCAGCCAGCGCAAGCUUUACUUCAAAUAUUAUGGAGGCGAGUACCAACGAUUUUGGGAGAACGAGCGGUUCGCAGGCAGCGAGUCCUUUUCCUCCUUUCCUGCUAUCGACGAGGAAGGCGAAGCCGAGGUGGAAGCCCUCGUGGAGAGCGAAGGCGAGGAGCCAGAGGAGGCCAUGGCACGGGCAGCAGACCAGGUGAAGAAGAGAGAACUCACUGAGCUGAGCAAGAAUGGACCCGAGCGGUUCAUGGGCUGGGUGUGGCCCCUUGUGCGCAUGUCGAAGCUCGAAGUGGCGGAGAAGUGCGGCAACGACGCCAUGAUCUACAUCCACUUCCAGCGGUGCAUGCUCGCCUUUCUGGCGAUCUGCGUGGUGCUCGGAAUAGCCAUAUUGCUGCCGGUGAACGUCACCGCCAGCCAGCGCGAAGACAAGGUCCGCUCUGGCUUCUUGUCCACCACCAUCGGUAACAUCAACGACAGCACCGACAAGAGCCGGUACUGGGCGCACUCCUUUGUGUGCGUCAUCAUCUCCUGCCUUGUGUAUGGUCUCGUGUGGCACCUUCGCAAAUACCUCAUCGCGUGCAAGGACAAAUUCUUCACCCGGAGUGUGAAGUCAGCCGUGAGCGCGCACACGAUCAUGAUUCGCAACUUCCCGGCGGGCAUCGUCAGCGAGGCGGGCAUCGCCAAGCACUUCGAGGAGCUGAUCGAGACGAACGCGGACCUUCAGCGGAGCGUGGAGCGAGUCCGAGCGAAGCGCCGACGCCGACGCACCCUCAGCCUCGACAGUAGCCGCCGUCAUGCCGCCGCUGCCGCCGCCGCCUCCGCCUGGGCCAGGGGCAACGAAUUCAACGACGGCGAGCAGGACCCACAAAGCGCCGAUGCCACAGCCACCGCAGACGGGGAGAGCAGCGAUGCAUCUUCCCACAAUAGCGGACAGAAGGGGCGAGCUUCCUUUUACCGCUUUGCCGCCGGCCAGGGCGACGAGGACCGGAGCCUUCUGGACGCAGACGGCGGGAGCGAGGCGGGCGAGGGGCGAGCAGAAGUAUCGGGCGGCCAGGCGGAAGAGCAGGGGGCGACGAAGCUGGGCUGGUGGGCGCGGCACAUGGAAAGGCGAAAGCGGCGGGCGGAGGAGGCGUUGGCGCGCGCCCGCGAGGUGAGCGAGAGCGAGAGCGAGCCGGAGCACGACAAGAAGAAGCCCAGCGUGGUGUCGGUCCACGUGGCGUGGGAGGUGCGGGACGUGCUCGGCGCGCUGGAGACCUACAAGGACAUCGACGACCAGCUCGACCACUACCGCCAGGAGCGAAUGCUGCGGGGCCAACGCCCGCUCGUGUGGUUCCCGCCGUCGUCCACGCUGACCGAGAAGCUCAUCUACCUGGUCCUGCACUUCGGCACGAUCGUGGAGGGCAUCGUCUACGGCGGCGUGCGCGGCCGGCUCGAUGCCAUCCGCGAGCUCAAGCGCAAGAAGGCCGAGCAGAAGAAGGAGGUGGCGCGGACGAAGCAGCGAGCCAGAGCGGCGCGCGCCACCGGCAUCGUCUUCGUCACGUUCUCCUCCAGCGUCGUGGCCAAGGUGGUCACCAACAUCUACCGGAAGCACACGCGCCUCUGGAAUCUCAAUCGCUGGCUUGCAGACGACCUCACCCCUCAGUCCAAGCAUUGGAUCGUAAGCAUGGCGCCCGAGCCGGAGGACAUCAUAUGGCCCAACCUGGGCAUCGGCAAGUGGGAGAAGCGGCUGCGCGUCGUCUACGUCAACCUCACGCUCCUCUUCUUCUUUUCAUUUUUCACCACACCCCUCUCCAUCAUCUCUGCCCUCCAGCCUCUCAAACAGGCCCCACUUUUUGCCGACAUCAUCAACAGUCUGCACGCGUGGAACAACGGAGCCAUCCUCUUCGCCUACCUUCCCACGCUCUUCCUCUUGGCCGUCACCACCAUCCUGCCCCUCGUCAUCUGGUUUUCGUCCAUGUUCGAGGGUCAUCACACGGUGUCGUCGACGCACAAGUACCUGGUGGUGAAGACCUAUGUCUUCCUCCUCUUCAGCGUGCUUCUCCUCCCGUCUCUCUUCCUCACCUCCCUCGACGCCCUCAUCCGCAAAGGAUGGGACAACAGGCAACACCUCAACGUUCUCUUUUCGGGCCUUUUCCUGCCUAACUCGGCUGCGUUCUUCAUCAACUACAUCAUCCAGAUGGCCAUCGUAGGUCAAAUCGUCGAGGUGAUGCGAUUGCCAGAGCGCCUGCAGUCGCUCCUCCUCAAGUGGAAGGCCGUCACGAUCUCCCAGAAGAAGCGUGCCGACGAAUACGCCUACCCGCACGAAUACGGCAUGCAGUAUGCCUACAUGAUGGUCUUCUUCGCCACCAUCCUCACCUUCAGCACCAUCGCGCCGCUCAUCCUCCCCUUCGGAACGCUCUACUUCAUGUGCAAGCACUUCCUCGACACCUACCUGCUCGUCCACGUGCGUCCGCGAGAGUUUGACAGCGACGGCAGCAUGCUUUGGAUCGUGCUACGGGUGAUGCUCUUCACGGCGGUGUUGUUCCAGUCGCUCAUGUUCAUCUUCCUGUCUCUGCACGGCACAGCUGGCCAGAUGACGUUCGUGGGGGUGGUGUUGGCGCUGGCGCUGGCGGCGUUCUUCGCGGCCUACAUGUCGGGCGUGGACAUCUUCCACUUCGACAAGGGACCCAAGCCCAACACGCUCCCCAAGGAGGCCAACUGGAUGCGCGUCUUCCGCACGGCCUACCAGCACCCGUGCUGGCGUCAGGGCCACCACCACCACCUGCAGCACACGCACAUGCACCGCCACCCGACCCUCCGCGCCAGUGGCGCCGUCGCUGGCUCCGGCGUUCAGGCCCACCCGUGA